UAAGUAUUCGGUGUUGUUCUUACAACGUAUCUGAACUACAAGAUGAGCGGAAGAGGCAAAACCGGCGGGAAAACUAGGGCUAAAGCCAAGACUCGUUCAUCCAGGGCUGGACUGCAGUUCCCCGUGGGCCGUGUGCACAGGCUUCUGCGUAAAGGUAAUUACGCUGAGCGCGUCGGUGCCGGCGCUCCGGUUUACUUGGCCGCCGUGCUCGAGUAUUUGACUGCUGAGAUCCUCGAGUUGGCCGGUAAUGCCGCCCGUGACAACAAGAAGACCCGUAUCAUUCCCCGUCACCUGCAGCUCGCUGUGCGUAACGACGAGGAGCUGAACAAACUGCUCGGAGGAGUGACCAUCGCUCAGGGUGGUGUACUGCCCAACAUUCAGGCCGUGCUUCUGCCCAAGAAGACCGAGAAAGCCGUCAAGACCAAGUAAACUCGCUCAGCGCUGCGUUUCUCACCACCCAAAAAGGCUCUUUUAAGAGCCACCCACUUUUACUGAAAAAGUGCAAUUUCAUCCUACUUUUUAUUAACACUGUGUGUGUCAACUUAUAAAGACAAUUUCCCCAAAUAAGUGUUAAAAUCUAACUCUAAUAAUAACUGGUCUUGUUUAAAGACAGAUGACAGACAACAACAUUAAUAAUAAUAAAUAAUGAAGCCUGCUGUCUAAAUGACACAAAGAGACAGUAGGUUGCUGACAGAAAACAAAAGCGCUGUGCUACUGAGAGCGCCAGUAAAAUAGGGGCGGGCGGUUUGGGUAUCAAACUGUGUCCGUGACAGAGAACGGUCCAAUAGUCAUCAGGUGACGUAACGUGUUCUAUCCAAUGGCAGACGUGUGCUUUCAAUCCGCCCAAUGAGAAAAGGGCGGUUUUAGGGCUUAAAUAGACAGCGUUCGGGCGCGCCGUUUAUUUUGUUUUUUCCUUCGUGAAGUUCACAGCUCGACGCUAUGGCAAGAACCAAGCAGACCGCCCGUAAGUCCACUGGUGGCAAAGCGCCCAGGAAGCAGCUCGCCACUAAGGCUGCUCGCAAAAGCGCCCCGGCAACCGGCGGCGUGAAGAAGCCUCACUGAUACAGGCCCGGCACCGUGGCUCUGAGGGAGAUCCGUCGUUAUCAGAAGUCCACUGAGCUGCUUAUCCGCAAACUGCCCUUUCAGCGCCUGGUCAGAGAAAUCGCUUAGGAUUUCAAGACCGACUUGCGUUUCCAGAGCUCGGCCGUCAUGGCCUUGCAGGAGGCUAGCGAGGCAUACCUGGUCGGUCUGUUUGAGGACACUAACCUGUACGCCAUUCACGCCAAGAGAGUGACCAUCAUGCCUAAGGACAUCCAGCUGGCCCGCCGUAUUCGCGGAGAGCGCGCUUAAACCACAAUUCUGUCUAAUGUACACAAAGGCUCUUUUAAGAGCCACCA